UAUAAAGAAUUGGGACCUACAAAUGAAAGAAAUAUACGUGGACGCAGUUUUCCGGCUAUAUUCUCUUUAAUGUUGAUCAUUAAUAAGCUAAAACAAUUCUAUGAGCAUGGGAUGAUCUUGACAUUUCUUCGUUUAGUGAUCAGGUGAGGAGACAGAAAUGUCCGGGUGACUGAUUUGUCCGUCGCACCUUUCCGCGGGCCAUGAGAAGGUUCCCCCACUACCUUCCCCUGAAGCAGUACAGUGAGGACUCAUCGGGCGCCAUGUCCACCCUGACGCGGACAUAUCUCGUCAUCAUCAUCAUCGGCUUCUCGGUGGUGCUGUCGCUGCUGUACUAUGUCAGCAGUCACAUGAUGACUCCACAGCACAGAAGGGAACAUCUUCACAACACACCUGGACUUUUAAGAAAGCACACAGGUGGUCAACACACUCUGUUUGAAGAACCUGGUCACAGCAAUGCUACAGACAAAUCCUCAACCUCAAAAGAUGACACCCAGAGCCAUAUGAUAAGAAUUCUGGAAGAAGAAACUGACAAAAUAUCUUACAAUACUACGCCCUAUUAUUUGCAACAGACAACAACAAAAACUGUGCCCAAGGGCGGGAAUAUUAAAAAAGAAGACAGACCCGUCACUGUGAAGGAAACAGGUAAAGAUGAGGUUAAAGAAAUAAAAAAAGAUGAAGCUGCCAUCCAGAUGAAUGAAAGAGGUGUGGAAGAUGUGGAGAAACAAUGUCGACCGCAUCAGGCCUCCAAAACCAUUGUCAACACGCAUCCAAAGUUUAGAAAGGACAUUCCUCUGUUUGUGACCAACGACUACAAAUCCUACAGCUCUGUUAUGAACUAUCCUCCUCCUUUUGGUCUAAAAGAAACAGAUAAAUUCUUGACCAGUGUGUUGAAGGUUCUUCCUCAAGCAUCCACUAUGCCAGAUAACAUUGAAAGAAUUCAAUGUAAGCGCUGCAUGGUUGUGGGCAGUGGUGGCAUAUUGGAAGGAAAGAAACUUGGAGCACAAAUUGAUGACUUCGAUAUAGUCAUACGAAUGAACAAUGCUCCUGUGCAAGGGUUCCAGGAAGAUGUUGGUCACAAAACGACGAUCAGAAUGUCGUAUCCGGAGGGCGCGCUUCAGGACCCGAAAGGUUACGACCCGGAUUCUCUCUUCCUCAUGGUGCCCUUUAAGUCACUUGACUUCCUCUGGCUCCAGAGGAUCAUAGGAAAACAAUCACUGCGUGAUAUCUCUUCAAAGUUUUGGAAGUCCAUCGCGCACGUGGUUCCGAAGAAUGCGGACAAGUUUCGUAUCGUGAACCCGGCCCUACUGCAGGAGACGUCCUUUGAUCUGAUUGGCUUUCCUACUAAGGGUGGGAAGAUGGGAAAGAACGUACCGACAAUGGGCUCGUUGGGUAUCAUUUGGGCCAUCAACUACUGCGACGAAGUUUCGGUGGCCGGAUUUGGCUAUGACCUCUCGAAGCCCUCUGUGUGGCUACAUUACUACAAGGACGUCAAGAUGUCUACCAUCGCGAACUCCUGGACUCACGACAUCAACAAGGAGAAAGAUUUCCUGAAAACUCUAGUAAGGAAUGGGGUCAUUACAGACCUGACAGGUGGGAUUCUGGGGGGGAUUUGAGAAAUGUCUGAAGGAUUUAUUGCUAUGAUUGUGACUUGAUUUGAUUUUGAUUUAUUGAAAUUGUGCAGAGCAAUACACGUGGGAUACAGGCAGCUGUUACUAGUGUUGUGUCCCACACAUAGAAACGAAUACUGGACAGACAGUACUCAUUUUUACUUGAGUUUAGUGGGGAAAGUCGUGUAAAGUGCCUUUCCCCAAGGGUACAAGAUCGUUGGCAUGUCAGGACUUGAACCCGGGACCUCUUGGUCCCGACUUGAGCACCCUGUCAUUGUGCCACAUGACCCCACAACAAAGCAAUCUUCUCAGUGCACAUGUGUUGUGAAAUAUAACUGAAUUUGAUUCAUUGAACAUUGGCUAGCAAACUAUUGAACCCAACUAGAGCUUAGUGUGUCAAAACAUUG